AUGGAUCAUGACUCAGGCGAAGGGAAGCUGGAGAGUGCGCCAAAGUUCGACGGGAGCGACUAUUGGACUUGGAGCUUCCGAUUCGAACAAUGGGCAGAGGCGCACGAUCUAUGGGGGUACUUUGAUGGUUCGGAGGAGCGGCCUGCAUCGGGUGACGCACGGCUGAAGUGGGAGAGGAAAAAUCAGAAGGCAUUCGCUCAAUUCUGCAAUGCCUUGGUGCCAGAUGAGCUAAUUCGCUUGGUACGGGAGUUCGGCGGCAAGACCGAGUUGGGCAGCGCACCUGUUGAUGGCGGAGCAAGAGCGAUCACACGAGUUCCUGCAGGCACAGCAGCGGCAUACAUACGAGUGAAGGAGUUCUACCUUCAGCGUGGAUUGUGUAACCGGAUGGCACUCUCUGAGGAGCUCUCUUCCUUGAAGAUGAAAGAGGGGGAGGGAGUGGCUGCAUACUGGGCGCGUGCCGAGGACUUGAGGUCCAAGUACUUGGCUGCAGGAGGAAAGGAGGAGGUUGAGGAGUGGAUGAUGAGGGUACUCAAAGGACUACCUCCUCAUUUUGAGAUGCUGAAGGUGGUACUGAACAACCAAUCAUCAUCGCUCACUAAGGAUCAGCUGCUUACCUCUUUGAGGAGCGAGGAGAUGCGGAUUGGUGUCGCGCCAAGAUCGGAUGGUGUAGCCACUUUUGGAGCGGGUACGAAAGUGGGCAGCAGCGGCAGGGGAAACUGGGACAAGGGAGGAAAGCAAGGAGGCAGCGGUAGCAGCAGCGGCACCACCUCGGGCAGAUGGGGUCAGGGGAAAGGCAAAGUAGGAGUGCUUGAUUUCCCUUGGGGGUCCAAGGGCAUGGCUCCUAGGGGGUUGUGUCAUGGCUGUUGGGAUGAGGGAGAUGCAUGGCAGCGAUGUCCUCACCGACCUAAAGGAGGCAUUCCGGCAUUCUUACAGAGGGGGGGUCGUGGGUCCAACGGCAAGGCAAAGGUGGCGGAUGAGGAGGAGCAGGAUGACAAGGCAGAGGCAGUGGUUGGAGAGGCAGUUGCAGCAGUGGGAGAGGAGCAGCCGCGAGAGGGGUGGUGGAUUGACAGUGGGGCCAGCCACAACUUUACUCCUUAUGCAUCGGACUUCCAAAGUAAGCUUCAGCCACCAGAGGUUCGGGGAGUUAGAUUGGGAGAUGGACGGGUGGUGAAAGCUGUUGGCAUGGGUGAGGUGCCAGUGGUUGGUGCUGGAGGCCAGCUGCUGAGGAUUCAAAAGGUCCACCUUGUGCCUGAGAUGCACACACGUCUGCUGUCAGUCCCACACCUCACCUCUCGGGAUGUCAUCGUCACAUUCCAGGGCAAGAGAUGUGUUAUCAAGCGGGGAGAGAGGGUGUUGGCGAUUGGAGAAAAGGAGAGGGGCAGGGACCAUGGAUUGGUGCGGAUGUCUCUUCCUCUUGUUCGGGGCACACAAGAUAGUGCUCUUGCAGCUGGGUCCUCCUCCUCAUUUUCCCCAUUGACCCUUGCUCAUCGCCGCCUUGGUCACACCGCCCCCACAACAUUGCAACAGAUGGCUCGGGGGAACAGUGUACUGGGCUUGGAGAUCGGUGGGGGGAGCACUGAUUGCUCCCCAUGUGAGCCUUGCUUAUUGGGAAAGUCGGCUCGGAAGCCGUUUCCCCACGAGGCGUCUCGGGCACUUGGGCCUUUGGAUGAGGUCCACAUGGAUUUGUGGGGGCCAGUGCGCACACCGUCACUGGGAGGAGCGGUGUAUGUCCUCAGUCUCAUUGACGACUUCACCAGACGAGUUUGGUCGUUCCCGCUCCCCAACAAAGAAUCGGCCACAGUCGCAAAAGUCCUUCGCCAGUGGCAUAAGGACGUGGAGUUGGAGUAUGGGCGGAAGCUGAAGGCUGUUCGCUCCGACAGGGGUGGCGAGUUCUUGGGGGACGCUGUGAAAGCAUGGAAAGCGGAGUUUGGCAUCAAAACCCAAUUGAGUGUCGCAAAAACACCGCAGCAGAAUGGGGUCGUGGAGAGGUGGCACAGGACGAUGGCAGAGGGGAUUUGCACAUUGUUGGUCGACAGUGGUCUCCCUGCUCGCUUGUGGGGUGAAGCAUUGAUGUGGGUCGUGUGGGUUAAGAACAGGGUCAUCCACAGUGCUUUGCCUGCCUCCAUCACACCAAUGGAGGCGUGGUCCGGCCAGAAGCCGCAUGUGGGCAUGGCUCGGAUUUGGGGUUGCAUGGGGAGUGUCAUGCUGCAUGGGCAUGAGAAGGGUGGCAAGCUUGAUGCACGGGCUGUCAUGUGUGUCUGUGUUGGGGUGGACAUGGAGAGCAAGGGUUGGCGCAUGCUGGACCCUUCUCUCAUGCGCAUUCGCAUUGCUCGGGAUGUUGACUUUCUUGAGAAUGUGAUGUGGAAGGAUUGGGACAAGGCAAAGGGAUUUGGGGAGCUUCUGCAGGAUGCAGCUGCGAUUUCCCAACUCCUCCCUCUUCCACUCUCUCCACCCUCAGCAACGGCUGAUGACGUUGAGAUGCCACCUUCAUCACUGCCACCGGCACCGCUGAGUGUGUCGGUGCAGCAGCAGCCCACCCCUCUGCAGCAGCUCAGUGGCCCCUCGGUCAUUCAGCGGAGAUCCGCUGCACAUGCUACUUCCUCUUCCUCCUCCUCUGGUCAGCGCUCUGUCCCUCUCUCAACGGGUGCCCCUCCGUCACCAGCGACUACCUCCCCACCACCGGUUACGGGUUUGCAGGUGCUUGGUAUCCAGUCUGGUACAGGUGGUGAGGAGGUAGGGGGGGAUGCUGGUGUGGUUGAGGGCAUGCUGUGUUUGGCCAGGGAGGUGGAAGGUGUUGCACUGGCAGGUGUGAGCACCGGUGAUGUCCCACGCACACUCGCUGAGGCCCUGCGUGGCCCUGAGGGCCCUGCGUGGAAGGCAGGCGCUGAGAAGGAGGUAAAUGCAAUGCGCACUAUGGUCCCUUCCCUUGGCGUCCCCUCUGGCUGCGCGGGUUUUGAGACAUCUCAAGCAUCUCCUCUCCUCUCCUCUCCUCUCCUCUCCUCUCCUCUCCUCUCCUCUCCUCUCCUCUCCUCUCACUGCCUCUCCUCUCACUGCCUCUCCUCCCCGCACCCAUCCUUUCCUCCCCGCUUUCAUCCCCGCUCCCAUCCUUUCAUCCCCGCUCCCAUCCUUUCCUCCCCGCUCCCAUCCUUUCAUCCCCGCUCCCAUCCUUUCCUCCCCGCUCCCAUCCUUUCCUCCCCGCUCUCGUCCUUUCCUCCCCGCUCUCGUCCUUUCCUCUCCCCUCUCAUCCUUUCCUCCCCGCUCUCGUCCUUUCCUCCCCGCUCUCGUCCUUUCCUCCCCGCUCUCCUCCUCCCGUCCCUGUCCCCCUUCUUCCCCUCAUGUCCCCCGCUCCUUCCCCCCUUUUUCCCCCUCCAUGCCCUCAUUCCCAUUCCUCCUUCCCCUCAUUUCACCCUUUUCUUCCUCAUUUCCCCACUUCUUCCCUUUGAUUUCCCCGCUCCCCCCUUCCGCCACCUGCUUCUGCAGCGUGGUCACCGCCACGGAACCGCCAUCUGCACGUUUGACGAGGUGCGCGAGAUGCGCCCAUUCAUGCGCCAUCCCUCCGAGCCCUGCCUCGCUGCCCUCCGACUCUCUCCCCCCUGUCCUCCUCUCUCCCCCCUGUCCUCCUCUCUCCCCCCUGUCCUCCUCUCUCCCCCCUGUCCUCCUCUCUCCCCCCUGUCCUCCUCUCUCCCCCCUGUCCUCCUCUCUCCCCCCUGUCCUCCUCUCUCCCCCCUGUCCUCCUCUCUCCCCCCUGUCCUCCUCUCUCCCUCCAUCCCCCCGUUUCCCUUCCCCCAGCUUCCCUUCCCCCCACUUCCCAUCCCCCCUUUUUCCCGUCCCCCCAUUUCCCUUCCCCCCGUUUCCCUUACCCCCAUUUCCCUCUCCCCCAUUUCCCUUCCCCUCAUUACCCUUCCCCCAUUUCCCUUCCCCUGCUUCCCUUAUCUCCGUUUUUCUUCCUCCUGUUUCCCUUCGCCCCAUUUCCUACACCUGGCGAAUAUUGGCCCUUGCAACCUGUUCCUCUUCUUUUUCCCCUUCUUUUCCCCUUCCUUUCCCUUUGCUUUCCUUAUGCCCAGGCUAUUGCUCUGCCACUCUCCUCUUUUCCCCGCGUCCUCGGCUAAGUGUGCUGUGCAGGCUGCAGCAGGGCAGCGGGGCGCCAUGUAG